AUGGAGCACGUCCAUAGCUUGGAUGUGAGUUGGAUGACGCAUGGGAAUCCCAAAGACAAGACUGCGAGGAAUGCGACAACAUGGCCCAGGUCGCAAUCGAAUUCCGGUCGCGACUCUCCCGCUCCGAACCCGGCCCCCAAUCCCAAUCCUCCCGCGCCGCCUGCAAUCAACGGCAGUCAGACAGAGCCCGACGCGCCGCCAACCCUCGCUCGCUCUAACUCGGCGAGGUCAAGUUCGGACGAGAAGAGACCGCCCGCAACGCCCAGCCCGCAGCGGCGCAACUCUUGGUUCUCCAACAUCUCGUCCAAGUUCACGUCUGGAGGCGGCGUCGCGCACCAAAGCCCCCCGCAAGCGAACACCGCCUCGCCGAAGCCCGGCGAGUUCUCCGUGCCCAAGGUCGUCCCCGCCAAGAACGCCGUCCUUCAACAUGCUACGAAAUACGAGGGCGAGGGCCCCUACAUCCCCGCUCCUCCGAAGUCGUCCCAGACGGGCUUGCUGCAAGUCUUUCGGCGACUGUCAUCCUCCAACGGCACGCUCAGCACAAUCUCGAAGUCGCAUAACCACGGGUUGGUGGAACGGCGGGUGCUGAACGUCGAUCGCCACAGGGAGCGCUGUAGCAUCAGCGGGCUUGACCAGGCUAAGCUUCGGAGGGUGGCCUUCUCCGUCGAUGUGGAAAUCGCACCCAUGCCCAAGUACGCAGAUGACACUGGAGACAAGAGGGGGUGUAAGGGGAACAAGGAGCUGAAGAAGAAGCUCAAGGAAAGGGGCGAAGGCGAGGCGCUGAAGCAUCCCAAGGCGGUCGAACUACAAAAAGAGGUUGACGGCGAGAUCAAGGCGACCGGCGCAGAUGUCCCAAGGGAACCGCCAAAGGAGGCCGGCGAACCCAUCAGCGAGCCGAGGCCGAGUGUCGACAGCACCUCAGAAAAGACCACGUCGGCCGACAGGAAAAGGGAGAAAAAGAAGAAGAGCGAGGAGGAGAGGAAAGCCAGAAAGGAGAAGAGACGCAAACAAGCAGAGGCCAACGGCACGAUUCCCAUGGAGCUCCACUACGUCAGCGACUCCUCCUCCAGCGGCUCGAGCCCCCGCCCAACAGGACUUCCCAAGACGCAGACCGCGCCCACCACCAACCCGGUCAGGAUAUACCGCCGGUGCUGCCAGCUGCGGGAGACGCCCAUCCUCCGCAAGAUCACGGAGCAGCUCAUGGACCCGGCCAACUGCUCGACGGCCGAGCCGGGCAUGGUGGAGAAGCUGGACCUAAGCGGCUACUGGAUGCAACUGACGGAUUUGAUCACGCUCGGCGACUACCUCGCCGUCGUGCCCGUACGCGAAGUAAUACUCGAGAACUGCGGCCUGACAGACGAGGGUUUGCGCGUCAUUCUCGCGGGAUUGCUCGCCGCCAGGAAACCGAAGGGUCGACGCCGGAAGCCGCCGCUCAAUGGGCCCGAUGGCCUGACUGCGCAAGGCGGCGUCGUGGAAAGGCUGGUGUUGAAGAAGAACAAGAUUGGGCCCGAGGGGUGGCGGCAUAUCUGUCUGUUCAUCUACCUCUGCAGGACGCUCAAGAGCCUAGACCUGUCCGGGAUACAGUUUCCCAGGCAAGCUACGCCGGCGCCUGGGCCAGUGGAUGGCAGUCCGACGCCGAAGCCUGCGACAAACCAGCCGCAAGGUCUGUGUCAGUUGUUAGCAAAGUCAUUGGGCGAGAGACUCGGUGGGUCGACGCUCAGUCUGCUGAGCCUGGGUCAGACGGGCCUCAGCAGCGAGCAGCUGGGGUUCAUCAUCGACGGCGUCAUCAAGUGUGGCGUGAAGCGGCUGGGUCUGGCCAACAACGGCAUCGACGCCGAGGGUCUCGCGCACGUGGCCAGAUUCCUGAAGACGGGGUUUUGCGAGGGACUCGAUCUGGGCGGCAACGACCUGCGCGACGGGCUCGCGACCUUGGCGGAUGCCCUGACGGCCGAGGACUGCCCGCUGUGGGCGCUGAGUCUGGCCGACUGCGGCCUCACGCCGUCGUCGCUGUGCAAGCUUUUGCCGACGCUGGCCAAGCUGGGUCAAUUUAGGUUUAUUGAUUUGUCGCAUAAUCAGGGGCUGUUCAACUCGGAUCCUAGCGCGGUAUGCGUGCUGAGGAGAUACCUCCCGAAGAUGGCGUGCCUGAAACGCAUUCACCUGGCAGACUGCGCCAUGACGCCGGAGCAGGUUAUUGCAAUCGCUGAGAUUCUGCCUGAGGUCACCGGCCUCGCGCACGUCAGCUUCCUCGAGAACCCGCAGCUCGUCGAACUGGCGACGAACGCCAAGACGGAGGAGACCAAGGAGGAGGCGUGCGCGCUGUUCGCCUCGCUGCUGGCUGCCGCCAGAGUAUCGACUAGCCUGGUCGCCGUCGAUAUAGAGGUGCCCAGCGAGCAGUCGAGUGAUCUUGUCAAGGCCCUCGCCAAGCAGGUCGUGGCGUACUGCCUGCGCAACAUGGAGAUGGCGGCCACGACAGCAGCUGAGGGCCAACAGACUGAGGUGAUCCCCAAGCCGGAGCCGGCGUAUCCCGACGCGCUUCAGAGACUGGUCGGGCACGACAUCACGGUGUUGACGGAUAUGGACGCCGACGUGGAUGCCGCGCCGGACGAGGACUAUGUCAUUGGCGGGACUGGCGUUGUCCGGGCGCUGGCGGCGUGUCUGAAAAACCGCGGGGACGAGUCGAGGCGGCAAUCAGGCGAGUUCAUCCGUGAUGUGGAGAACGGCGUGCCCCAGCCUCCGCCUGCGGCUCCGAGCGGCGGCAAGGCCAAGGAGACUUCCAAGCACUUGUUGCUGAGUGCGAGGAAGAUCAGACUGAGGCUGCAGCCGGCCAUCGACAAGGCCAGGGCGACGGCGAAUGAUACGCACACUUACCACCGCCUCAUGUUCCUCUCUAACACCCUCAACGGUAUUAUCAAGCGCUUUGAAGAAGAAUUCCCUGAAACCCGCCUCUUUGUCUCGGCCGACAGCGCCAUCGACAUCCCCGACCAGGAUGUCAACAAUGAUAACGAUGACGACGAAAUACCCUCUAUCUCCAACCUUACCUGCGACCCAACCGCCGAGGCAGCCGCAGCAGCAGACUCGAUAUCCGACGACAACGAAGACCCGCCCACGGCCAUCCGAUCCCCCUCUCUCUCCCGCUCCAACUCUCUCCUCUCCCUCAGCUCCAAGGCCCUCGCCCACGAAGAAGGCCGCAUCCUCCGCGCGGGACACACCUUCCGCGCCGGCGUCCUGGCCGACCCGGACCCGGAUCCCAACCUCGAUUGGUCGGAGCGCUACGCCCUGCUGACCUCGGGCGUCGAGAUGGUGGGCGCUGAUCCGAACCAUGCGAGGCUGCUGCAUGAUUUGUUGGAGGAGCUGGGCGACGAGGCGUUGAAUGAGGAGGUGAAACGGAAGGGGGUUGUGGAGGUGUUCAAGCAGAGGAAGGAAGAGAUUGUCGGGUUGUUGAGGGAGGCGGAUCCGGGGGCGUGGGAUCGGUUUGUUGAGAGUCAGGAGAUGGCGAGGAAGAAUGUUAGCGUGCCGGCUGCUGUGCCGGGCCAGGGGGAGGGGACUGGUGGCUGUGCUGGUGCUGCUGUUGGAGGUGGUGAGGGUGGGGAAACGGCUGUGAAGGAUUGA